CUGUUCUGUUUAUAAAUAAACAUUGUUUGUGUGUACACUUGUGUUGUCUGGCCGUGCAGUGGAAAAAAUUAGCCCACAAUUGUUAAAAGUGCAGCUAGAACGAGGAGGCAGCGACAUUUAAUUAAAAGAAAAAAUGCAUGAAUGUGUUUCGCCAGCAGCAUAAUUGAAGCGCAUAAGAAGUUAUUUAUAGCGCCAGAGGUAGAGGCCACGCCCACUUCCCUAAUAGCCAGCAGCAGUAGGCGCAAAUCGGCCAACAUAAUGUCGCGCAGCAAAUCUCGCCUGCAAGCAGAGGUCUGCGGAGAUUGUGGAGCAACGGAUCCCUCCUGGGCAUCCAUAAAUCGCGGCAUUUUACUCUGCGCGGAUUGUUGUUCGGUUCAUCGGAGUCUUGGUCGCCACAUUUCUAUAGUCAAGUCGCUGCGUCAAGGGAACUGGGAGCCUUCGGUGCUGAAUUUUGUGAAUUCUCUAAAUGCACAUGGUGCCAACAGCGUCUGGGAGCAUCAUCUGCUCGACGGCAGCUCAAAUUCGUCGGGUGGCAAGCAUGUGCCACGCUGGCGCAAGCCAACGCCCAAGGAUGCAUUGCAUCCGACCAAAUCGGACUUUAUUAAGGCCAAACAUGUCAAUCUCAACUUUGUGCUAAAGCCCAGCUUGCAGGAUGACGAUGAUUCCAGCGGCGGUGGCAACAAUCUGGAGCAGGAGCUGAGCCGGCAGCUACAUGCAAGCGUGCGCACCAGCAACUUGGAGACCUCAUUGCGUUUCCUUGUCCAGGGCGCCGAUCCGAAUUACUAUCACGAGGAAAAAUGCUCCACGCCACUGCACAUGGCAGCUAAGUUUGGCCAAGCAUCCCAAAUAGAAAUGCUGCUUAUUUAUGGAGCAGAUGUCAAUACCUUGGACAGCAAUGGCAUGACACCGUUGGAGUUGGCCAAGGCCAACAAUCAUAGCACGAUUGCAGAACGUUUGCUGGAAGCCAUGUACGAUGUAACAGAUAGACUGAUUAUGUUUAUGGGUGGCAAGAAACCCGAUCAUGCUAGCGGCCGGCACUUGAUUAUACCGGAGACAAACAGCUCUGAGAUCAGCGAGCAAUUGAAGAUCGCACGUGGCAAGCUGCAACUGGUGCCAAAUAAAAUGUUCGAGGAGCUGGUCAUGGAUUUGUACGAUGAAGUCGAUCGUCGCGAAUGUGAAGCCAUUUGGUCAACCAGCACAUUGAAUGCUGAUCAUGCAACUGUGCCAUUUUUGCCAGCGAAUCCAUUUUUGAGCGCCACACGUAAUCAGGGUCGCCAGAAGCUGGCACGCUUUAAUCGCGCUGAAUUCGCUGGACUGCUAACUGAUGUGCUUAUCGAUGCCCUGCGUCGUCAGAAUAUGGCCAAUCUGCGUCCAAUGGAUGCACCGAUGUCAACGCAUUCGCAACAGUUGCAACUUUUGCCCUAUGGCAACAAUUCAACCAUGUACAGCAGCUCGUUUGAGCAGAGCAUGCAUGAUCCAAAUCUAUCAGAUGAUGAGCCCAUCUAUGAUCCGGUGGCCAGUGAUGACGACUAUGCGCCGGUGCCGCCAAUGGCGCAGCAGGCCAUUGUACACACGCCGCCACGCAAUGCGAAUUCGCAAAAUGAAAUGGAAACGCUGCGUAAGCAGCUCAGCGAAUACAAGUCUGAAAUCAAUCAGCUUAAGAAUGUGGUGCAGCAGCUGUCCAGCGAGAACUCACAGCUUAAAUCGAAAUUCAGCAGCGUCUCCAACAACAGCGUCUACGAUGAGCCACUUCGCAUUGAUUUGAGCCUCAACAGUCCCGACUCGGAGCAUGAGCCGCUCUCGCUGCCCGAGGGUAGCAGCACCACAGCUGCCGCUGCUGACAGUGCCUCAUCGAAUGCAUCCUCGACUCAGUCGACCAUUAAACGACCUGCCAGCAUGUAUGAGCGUCGUCUGGCAUCAAAUUUAGCCAAGGGCAACAACGAUGUGCGCAACACAACGAGCAUGUAUCAAAUGGCGUGCGAUGGCAAACCAUUUGGUGAGGAGGUCAAAUUGCGCUCUGAUUUAGUGACACGCUGUCUCAAGGAGCUCAUACACGCCAUGCAUCCGGCCACGGAGGCUGAGAAGCAAUCGAUAGCACCACACGGUGAGCGCAUACGUAGCGCAGUGACAGAUUUGAUUGCACUCUAUGCGAAUCUGCCACCGAAUGCCAGCGAAACAACACGUGAAACUCUGAAGCAGCUGACACGCAAUAAUAUACUCAUCCAGCACGAGUGCGAGAAUCUACAGAAAUCCAUUGAGGCGGAUGACAAGCAGGCCAUACAAAAGAAUACCCGGGAAGUACGGGAUUGUGCUUUCCACAUUGCCAGCGCCAUUAAGACGCUUGUGUUGCAGUUUUAUUGAAUCAUACAAAUUAUAAAAUAGUUUACUAAUUUUCCCAAAGUGUUUCAAAGCAUUUAAGUUAAUCAGAGUGGAAAGUAUUAAUCCCUGACACUAACACCAAGUGCUUCCUUCAAUUGAAUAACGAAAUCAAAUUUGUUUGCCAAAUGAAGCAAAUGUUUAUUUUCUUUUUUAAUAUUUGUAUUAAUAAAUGUUUUACAUAAAGCGAUUGUUCAAUACAUGUUCAAUAUAACACAUAUCGAAAGGAAUA